GCAUCCUAAUCAAACCACUCACCACCACUAUCAACACAACUCUUGCAUCACCAUCUGAGAGAAACCAGGGAGAUACACACAAGCAAUAGCCAUGGCGAGACAACAACUCCUAGGUUUGUUCUUGGUCCUCGCCAUUAUGGUGGCGGUCGUGUGGGGCGACCCUAGCGGCGGCUGCGACCAAGACCGGCAGGACAUGAUCCGGGAGUGCAAGAAGUACGAGGGGUGGCCGGCGGAGCCCAAAAUCGAGCCGUCAGAGGCGUGCUGCGCCGUGUGGCAAAGGGCCAACAUCCCCUGCCUGUGCGCCGGCGUCACCAAGGAGAAGGAGAAGGUGUGGUGCAUGGAGAAGGUCGUCUAUGUCGCCAAGUUCUGCAAGAAGCCGUUCCAGCCUGGCUACCAGUGCGGAAGCUACACUGUUCCAUCGAGCCUAGGGCAAUAAAUAGUACGUUGUUACUGAUUUUUAUUUUUCCUUGUGACAGAAGAAGUACUUCUGGGAUUAGUUUUCAUGUCUCGUGACAUGCACAAUGUAUAACUUCUGUGAUUUGUGUGGACUGCAAAAUUGGGAAAAACUGAGAAUUAAUAAAAACAGAAACUUCUUCUAAUUAUAUUA